UAGAGCAGUCAGCCGUACGAACCUCCGAUUGAAUCCCGAUUCAGCACUAAAUCCAAAGUGGAGCAAUAACAAAGGUUAUGUUUUUUGAUGUUGUUUUCACUAAUGUGGAACAGUGUGCUUCAAGGAUACUAACGCUUCAACAGACUCAGAUGAAUGCAGAGAUCCAAAUCCCGGGCGAGAGCGAGACAUCACUGGAAAGUUCAGGCCCGUGGCGCAGAUUCAGGUGCGAUGAAUGUGGAGCGUCUCGCUGAAAGCGGAAGACCACAAGCGAAUUGUGACAUGGCUGCUUCCAGUUUCUCGUUGCUGAGGGCGGCGGAAAGCAGAGAACGACUGGAAAACACGGCGAGCGACUCCUCUGACACCGAGGCUGCAGAUAAAGAUAAAUUGAUGCAAAACAAAUCGGAAGAUUGUAGUACCGAUGACCCAUCGAAGAAGAAAAGGCAGCGGCGUCAAAGAACGCAUUUCACCAGUCAGCAACUGCAGGAGCUGGAAGCGACCUUCCAACGGAACCGCUAUCCCGACAUGUCAAUGAGGGAGGAAAUCGCCGUCUGGACGAACCUUACCGAGGCCAGGGUCAGAGUUUGGUUCAAGAACCGCAGAGCAAAGUGGAGAAAAAGGGAACGGAACCAGCAGGUGGAUUUGUGCAAAAAUGGAUUUAUGCCACAGUUCAACGGCCUGAUGCAGCCCUACGACGAUAUGUACACCAGUUAUAGCUAUAACAACUGGGCGGCGAAGAGCUUGGCUCCGGGCCCGUUGUCCUCCAAAAGCUUCCCCUUUCUCAGUUCCAUGAACCCAUUGUCUUCUCAGUCUAUGUUCUCUGCUCCAAGCACGAUCUCCUCCAUGACAAUGCAAUCUACAAUGGUGCAUUCGGCUGUACCAGGGAUGCCCGGCUCCAGCCUUAGUAACAUUAAUAAUCUCAACAGUUCCUCUCUCAAUUCGGCCAUGUCCUCGGCUGCCUGCCCUUACGCGCCACCGACUCCUCCUUACGUUUACCGGGACACUUGUAACCCAGGCCUUGCUAGUCUCAGACUGAAACCGAAACAGCACAGCGGCUUCGGAUACAGCAGCUUGCAAAAUCCAGGGUCAAGUCUUAAUGCAUGCCAAUAUGCAGUUGAUAGGCCCGUGUAACACGCAAAAUAACUGGAUAUUUGAUGUAGACUCACGGCAGAUGAAACAAAAGGCUUCAGUAAAAUGUUAUUUCAAUCUCUUGAUGGCGCGCGCCGGUUGCCAGUUGCCGCUCUCUUGGAUUUCAAUCAUCAUUCUGUUCAAUUCCCAGCGAAAGAAAAAUAUUUAAUUGCAAGAUAUUGAGGAGUUUUUAAAUCAAUUGGGUACUGCAAUCCGGUAUCCGUGAAAGAUUUUUUAAGCUUGAGUUUACUAUUAAUAUUGAACAUUUGAAAGUGGAUUUGUGUAUAUAUAGAAAUUGAUUCUAUUAUUGUUACAUGUUGCAAUACGUUGAUAAAUAUAAUUUCUAAAAAUGUUUAAACAAAAAUUUGCAUGUUUAUUGCUGUAAUGCAGAUGAAGGAAUGUUUUAAAUUACGUCCAUUCCUAACUCCACAGCAAAGUACACCUACCUCUAGUCUGGGAUUAUUUCACCCCAAAAGAAAGUAGCUCCAUUUUAAGCAUGCCAUAAAAAUGACUGUGCUUUGCAUAGAUUUGCUUCAUCUGAAUAGAUUUUUAAACAACAGAACCCAAACGGAGAGUAUAAAUAUUAUCUACAUAAGUUUUUAAAACUGAACUAUCUUUGCUAAUUCUCCACUUUUGGUCAAUAUCAGAAACAGCGACCGAUUUAUCUUCCAUCCGGCAUGUCGGAAGCAGGGUUGUACAGUGUAGAUUGCCAUAAUAAAAUCUGAAAAUAUACAACAGGAAAUUAUCUGGAUUAAUUGAUUUCUCUUCACCCCCAUCCCUUAGAAACAAUGUUGAAGGUGCAGUUAAUCAUAAUCGUGGCUGCACUCCACUUGGCUCUGGUUCAGUACGGCCGCCUUUGAUGGCAUCACAGUAUCACGCUGUUUCUACUCUAACUGUGGUGAACAGUUUGCUCUAGUAUGAUUAAAUUCCAUUUAUGUAUUUCACAGACAGUUGUAACUUUCUACCGCAUUUUACCAGCAGAAAGCUUUGAAAUAUUUAUUUCACCUCACGCCUUGGAAAGUGAUAUUAAUUUGCAAAUGUGUAAAGAUAUAGCCGUGACUGAGUAAUAGCGAGUCCAAUCUCAAAAAUAUGCAAUGCUUUGAAAAGUCCACUAGUCCUUUAACAACAGUCAAAACUCCUCCCUCCCCCAGCCCAAAUCAAAAAAUAGCCUGAGAAAAAUAAUGGGAAUUACAACAACUUAGUUUAUUAGCAUGUAAAUUAGAAUUGUAGUGAGCUGGAUGAAAUGUACCCAAGUUCCUUGGGGUUUUAUGGUUGAAAAUGGUGCUGAAUUAUUAAGUGAAGUUCCGACUACAAUAUGUAAAGCGCAGAUUGUGCUUUGACCUUGUAAGUAAUAAAGAGAGGCCGUGUACAAUCUAGUUUUAACGGCGAUAUCUGACCAAAAGAAAAUAUGGUUUAUGAGUAGUGCUGGUGCAGAGAAAUGAUAUGUUCCACCUCAUAUAUCCAUGUCAAAUUUUACCGUGUGUAAAGUCUACAUUUAAACAGUUCACACCAACCACUCCCUACACCCUACCCCUCGGUACCCACCAUCCUCCUCCCAGCCCCCGCCUACCACCAUUUUCCCUAUUGAAUUCGGUUCAUUAGUUUGGGGCCAUGCAGACUAAUAUAAUCACGUUCUUCUUAUUGCCGUUAUUAUUAAAACGCGGUUUGUUGGGUUGCUUGCUGUUUUCUAAUCCAUCUUAUUACCACUAUUCAAUACAAAAAAAAGUACUGGCGAAUCUGCUCCAUUCCCUAAUCACGGACAAAACUGGCCUGAAUAUUAUUAUUUACAAAAUUGCAUUUGUAAUUAUUUAUGAAAGGAAAUUUGCAGCAAGUGUGUGCUGAAAACCUUGAGCUUUAAGUAUAAUAUAUUGUGAUGCGUUAUUUAUAAAGUUGCCGUGGAGUCGUAUGUAUAUUAGACGUGUUUUUUUUUAACAUCCAGGUCUGGACAAAGGUUCGUAGGUGCACAGUUCUUGACUCAUAACCAGUCUGGAAAAGCAUCCCAAGGUUUGUUAAGGUUGUUGCUUGGACUAGUUACAGGCUGCCACAGAACCCAGUAACAAUUAACAUGGCUAGGAGGAGAAGGGACAUCGGGCUCAUUGUUAAGAGGUUAAAGCUUU